AUGGGCUCUGUUGGAUGUGGGGGAAGCUUCUGGCAGCUUCUCCCAGAAGCCACCCCUGUAGCCCCCUGCUACCAAAACCUUGCUGUGAAAACCCAGUCCAGUGAAAGCAAGUUGAAUACAUUGGUGCAGAAACUUCAUGACUUCCUGGCUCACUCAUCGGAAGAAUCCGAGGACGCAAACUCUCCUCCAGCACUAUCUAAAACCAAAACUAUAGGUAAAAGUAGAGAACCUAAAAGUAGUCCAGCUUCAAUGGAGAACAGUAGAGAAGAGGGUAGUAGUUCUUCAGAAAGAACCAAAUCCUUAGGAUCGUCACGUUCAAAAAGGAAACCUACAGUUGUAACAAAAUAUGUCGGAUCAGACGAUGAACAAACCUUAGAUGAAACUGUAAAUGAAGAUAUUUCAAAUGAAAACUCAGAAAAUGAUGUUGAUAUGCAAAGCUUGCCUAAAGGUACAGUGGUUGUACAGCCUGAGCCAGUGCUGAAUGAAGACAAAGAUGAUUUUAAAGGGCCUGAAUUUAGAAGCAGAAAUACCGUUAAAAUGAAACCUGAAGCUCCCAAAAAGCGUGGAG